UAAACCGGAGUGACGUUUCGGUGCAAGUUCAUUUAAAUGCUUAUCUCCUAAAUGACCCGUUUUAGGUUACUUAUCUCGAGUAUUUUUAUCAUACGUUCGGAAGUCAGAUAUAUCUGGUUGUACUCUUGGUAAUAGCGCCGAGAGUAAUUAGGAAGAGAGAACGCUCGACAAGGAUGUCGCAGACAGUCCGAUCGAGUGCAAACGUGAAAUCGAGAAAGGCUUUAAGUGGCACCUUUUCGAGAAGUACGUAAUGAUGAAUUUCUUGAUGCCGACUCUUUAAAGGUGCAGGUUUCCUUUAACUUGAACUCCCUGAAGGCCGGUAUGACUUCCAUUCCUGGUGCUGAUAAUGCAGAUGUACCACCGAUCGGUGGUGAGAGUCUUGCAAACACCGACUUAAAUGAAGAAACAAUAUAUAGUAGCUUGUGUUUAUUGAAUAAUCCAAGUUUUGAUAAUAAAGAAGGUAAUGGCCAUGAGUCGGAGGUAGUAUGGAACGAAACGGAUGCUGAAAAUUUAUCGCAGACAGUUAUACAUUCCAGUGCAGUUGCGAGUGAGAAUAAUGACGGGGAAUCUGUAUCCACGAAUGGGAAAAUCUCGGAGGAGAAAGAGCACGACACCUGUGCGCCAGUGGUAGGAUCAAUGCCAUCGGCAACGAUACUAGAUCUUCCAAAAUGUCCUAAAGCUAAGCAUGCAGUUCGAUCGACACUUGCCGACGAUAGUAAACUCGUGAAACUGUCCUUGCCAAUGAAUCCUAUUAACAUAAUGCAAUCGAACGCCCAAUUUUUAAACAAGAGUCGCAAUUUUCUAAGCUUCAUCACCGAGAAAUCGACAAACAUAAUGGACAAGAAAUUGUCGCACCACUUGAGCACCAGUUACAAUAACAUUUUGAAGCUGACGGACUCACGACUCGUUGGAACGAAAUCCUCCAUUGAGAUUCAUAAAGAUUCUUCCAUAUUGCCUAUAGCAUCGACAUCGGAGAAUGAUUUAAUAAAGGCAAUGACCGAAAACAGAUAUAAUUCAGAUAUAAUACCGAGAGUCGAGGAUCUGUACAUGGUGGAUAGUAAUGGCGUUAAAGUAAACGAUGGAUCGAUGGAGAGAAAUGAGGAUUCUCCUCAGAAAAGUACAGAAAAUCAAAAUGACACGAUAGUUCUGGAAGCAGCUGAGCAGGAAAUAUCUAAUCUUAAUUUAAUUACCGAAAAUGAGCCGUUGAGCGAAGGCAAAUGCAUUCUAGAAAAUGUUGAGGUAAAUAGAAUUGAGAAUAUUGUAUUAAUGACUGACACGGAUUGUCUUAUCGAUACGUCUGGUAAUGUGGAAGGAACUGGGGAUAUUAAUUUUGUUAAGUCAGGUACAGAGCCACAAGAUAGUAUUACUAAAAUGAAACCAGUCGAAGAUCAAGUAGACAACGCUAAAUUCAUAUCGAACGAAGAGUCUGAAAUAGAUAGUUUAUCGAUGGAAGAUUCGUCGGGGACAUUAGAAAAUCCUAAGAAUGGUUUAAUUCACCAUCCGGUAUAUUUAACUCUGGUAAGAGACUAUGCCGGUGUUAAAAAGGACAACGAGAAGCUGGCAAUCUGUGUAGAGAAUUUAAAAAAGGAGAUCGAACGACUGGAAGCAGAGAAGAAUGGGGAUGUAUAUGCGGUGCAACUGGAAACUUUGGAAAAAACGGUGGAUCAAUUGAGUUCCGAAUUGAAAACGGUGACAACAAAUUACGAAUUGCUGCGUAAAGAUUACACGGCUGCGAAUAAAGAGAGGGAGAGUAUGGUGAUGAAAUACGUCGUCAGUGAGAAGCAACUAAUCGACACCCAACGUGCAAGGGAUUCAGCGGAGCGCAAAGUGAAAGAAAUGACAAAGGAGCAAGAACUGCUGCAAGGAAAGCUUAGACAAAUUCAGGGAGAACGGACAAGAAUUUGUAAUAUUUUAGACGGCAAAUGUCACGAACUGACAGAUCUUCAUAAAGAAACGGAACGACUAAAAGAAGAAGUUAACGUAAGAGAUGUGAAGCUAAAGUGGGCGCAGAACAAGCUUAAGUCGGAAAUGGAUGUUCAAAAGGAGACUCAACAGAAGCUCGACAAAGCAACGCUACGAAUUAACGAAAUGAAGGAGGAAUGCGACUUGGUACGAAGAGAAGCACAAGAGGCAAUUCGCAGGUUUCAACAGUCCGAGGAAAAUAAAGCCGUAACGUUGGAUCAACAGUUAAAGGAACAGCAAGCUCGUCUGAUUAUGGAAAGACACGUCACGGAAGACAAGGAGAUAUUAAGGUUACAGUUGCAAAAGGAAGUCGAAGUGUUAAAGCAAAGACAACAGACACUGAUCGAAGAGAACAACGGGCUCAGCUUAAAAAUCCAAGACCUAGAAAGGAACCGACUUAGCUACGAAAGUAAUUUAAGUAACUUGAAGAUUUUAGCAGACAGUCGACAGAAAGAAAUCGUCGAUUUGGUUGGAAAGGUGUCGCAGCUUGAAACUGUGAAACUCCAGUUAAAACAUAAAGAACAAUGUUUAUCAUCAACCGAAGCUGAAGUGGAACGCCUGCGAAGGACAAACGAGGAACUUUGCUCCGACAUGAAGUAUUGUCGACAGCGAGAAGCUCAAAUGUUGGAAUUCACUCAGAAAUUAACGGACAAGAACGUGAGACUACAGUCAGAAUUUACAACAAUCGAGGCAAGAGCGAAGGAGCUUGAACUUGAGCAAGGACCAUUAAGAGAACGUAUCGAAGCUCUAUCGACAAAGGUUAAGUCUCUCGAAGAGGUUAUGGCUGUCGAGAGGAACAGCAGGGCCGAAGAGUGCAAGACAUUAUUUACAAAAUUGGAGGAGCAAACCGAGCGAGCUCGAAUUCUUGCUCAGCAAUUGGAGGAUAGCCAAGGCGAGAAUGCAGUUCUAAAAAGGAAGCAACAGAUCUCGAUGAAGGAGAUGACACGAGAGAUACAACAGUGUCGGAGGAGAUUGGAAGCUUUCGAAGUGGCUUCACCGAGUAAUUCUUUGGAGAAGACCUCCAGAACGGGAUCCAGCACGUCACUAAACGCUGGAGAACUCCUUAACGGUGCCUUGUCUGAUAACAGUAUUAGUGGAGAUCACGCGAUUCAAUCUGCAGAACCCGAUAGGCAAACUUUACUAGAUCGGAUAGUGAAAAUGCAGAAAAUAAAUGUAAGAAGAGCCGAGAAAAUAGAUUUCCUAGAAGAGCAUACGCGUACUCUGACGGAGGAGUUGCAGAAUAAGUCUAGGAUCAUACAGAAUUACAUUUUGCAUGAAAACUUUGACGCCAUGGGUAACAAUGAGAGAGAUAAAAAUAAGGCUGAAUUGGCGAGGCAUGGAGGAAUAAUGGCGUCGGUUUAUAAUCAACGAGUCUCGGAUGAUAACAUGACUCUGGAACUAUCCCUGGAAAUAAACCGAAAGCUACAAGCGGUUUUGGAAGACACGUUGUUAAAAAACAUCACGCUAAAGGAUAAUAUCGACACCUUGGGCGAAGAGAUCGCGAAAUUGACCAUGCAAAAUCGUGAAAGGUAAAGAGAACCAACAGAGUACCUACCUCCAAUAAAACUGGACGAAUUCCGAUAAUUUAUGUUAACCGGUCCCACUCCGGUGGCAGCGUAAAGUAUUUACUUAACAAAUUAAGACUAUAGACAGUUCUCGAAGCUGAAAACGCGUAGAGAUAUAAAAUCUACAUCGUUACGGUAAUUAACAUUAAAUAUCCGUUACAAACGAGCGAGGGUCACGACUGGAUAAUCCGAGUUUUAGUCGAUAAGGCUUAUCGGCUCGCCAGGUUUCCUUUCGUUGCAUUUUUUCAUUACAGUAUUUACGAAAUUAACGUUAUCGCCCAUAUCUAGUCAGAAGUCAUUGUUACCGCGAUUGGCAAUUAGUUUAAUUCCUAAACGAGAUCAAAAUGUAUUUCCCACUAGUGUGCAUCUUUGCGUCGAGACAUGUAUCGAGAAAUAUAACGUUUAUAUUUAGCAGGGA